AUGAUUCAGAAGUCAAUGACCAGCAAGCUGCAGCAGAUAAAGGCUAGGGAAGUGAUCAAAAAAAUUGAGAGGGACUGCGAAGACCACCAGCUCGACUUAAGCUGGGAUCCGCGGCAAAGUUGUCCGCCCGGCCACGUAGCGCGGAGCUCCGCGGUCCGGCACCGGAACAACCAGCACCCGCCGCCGAGCUCGGAGGAGCCCGCAGUUGCGCACCCGCGGGGUCGCGUCGGCGGCGCAUUGAUGGAGAAACUCUCGGCACCGCAGCCGUCGUGCGGGAACGCUCGCGAUGCCGAGCCCGAACUCGAAGCUGUUCCCCGGGACGCGUGGAGCGCUGAGCGGGAGACGACCGGCGCAAGAGGUGGCAAGAAGAAGAAUUAUCAGCGCUACCCCAAACCACCAUACUCGUACCUUGCAAUGAUUGCCAUGGUGAUUCAACGCUCUCCGGAGAAGAAGUUAACUUUAGCGGAGAUUCUGAAGGAGAUCAGCACCCUCUUCCCAUUCUUUAAGGGGAAUUACAAAGGCUGGAGGGAUUCUGUGCGACAUAACCUGUCCUCAUAUGACUGUUUCGUUAAGGUGUUAAAAGAUCCCAACAAGCCGCAGGGCAAAGGGAACUUCUGGGCCGUGGAGCUGAGCUGCGUUCCUUUGGAGCUGCUAAAGAGGCAGAACACGGCCGUGUCCCGCCAGGAUGAGACCAUCUUUGCGCAGGAUCUGGCCCCUUACAUCCUGCAGGGACACAAGCCAGAAUUCGAGCCGCCGCCUCCCGGUGACCCCGUGACCAGCCUCCCUCCCAUGCGGUCCGGGAACCUCUCCCCAGCGCAAGAGGACUUGUUCCGACCCAAGCUGGACUCAUCCUUCGCUAUCGACUCUUUGCUCCACAGCCUCCGUCCCACUAGUGGCUCAGAGGUCGUGGAUGUGGGCAUGAGAGACUGUUGGGGUGAGAUGGAGCGCCCCCAGUUGUCGCCCCCUCCGCGCCCCCGUUACGCCUCCUCUGCCCGCAGUGUUUCCGCUAGCUCGGCUAGCCCGGCUUCCACCACCUCCUCUUCCUCUGAAGAAGACUGGAAGGUGGCGUCCCUUCAUGGGAAGCGUCUCCCCUCUGAUGGUCAAGCGGGAUCGGGCAGUUAUGAGGAAUAUAAACCUCCGCUCCAUAAGUCGGCGCGACGGGAUGCUAUCGCAGCCCCUUGGGAGCUGCCCACCUCCUAUGCCAAAUACGCCCCACCCAAUGCGGUGGCCCCGCCAAGCAUGAGGUUCAACAGUGGGUCUCUAAUGCCCCUACAUGGUGGACUUCCUCUUUACGGCUACGGGAGCUCUCCUGUGGCGCCGGGUCACUUUCUGAGCCACACGUACUGGCCCAUCCUCCCCAGCGGACGGGUUUCCGUCCAACCCCCUCCUCCGCUCAUCAUGGACUUGGACAACAUGCUGCAGUCCGUGCCACCAAAUAAGAGUGUGUUUGACGCACUCAUGCCACCCAGUCAAAACACGCACCACCAACCAGCCAGUCACUACACACUGCAGAAUGGGUCGGCCCUAAACCGAUACGCUCCAUAUUAAACUCUUUUGAGCUAUUGACUCUUUUAAACUGUCACUUUAGUGCAUGCUAACAACAAUUGACAUUUCUGUUUGAGUAACGGGUGCAAACAAAAACAA